GCGCCGCCGCCGCACCCGCCGUCCCGGCUGCAGGAAACGCGGAAGCUGUUCGAACGGAGCGUCCCGGCGGCCGCGGGCGGCGACAAGGAGGCCGCGGCGCGGCGGCUGCUAAGGCAGGAGCGCGCCGGCCUGCAGGACCGGAAGCUGGACGUCGUGGUGCGCUUCAACGGCAGCACUGAGGCGCUGGACAAGCUGGACGCCGACGCCGUGUCGCCGACGGUCAGCCAGCUCAGCGCCGUCUUUGAGAAGGCCGACUCGAGGACCGGCCUCCACCGUGGGCCCGGGCUCCCCAGGGCCGCGGUCGCCGGGGUUCCCCAGGUCAACUCGAAGCUGGUCAGUAAGCGGUCCCGGGUGUUCCAGCCGCCGCCGCCGCCGCCUCCCGCCCCGUCGGGGGAUGCACCGGCCGAGAAGGAACGCGGCCCUGGAGGGCAGCAGCCUCCGCAGCAUCGAGUGGCCCCUGCCCGGCCACCCCCUAAGCCUCGGGAGGUGCGCAAGAUUAAGCCUGUGGAGGUGGAGGAGAGCGGGGAGUCGGAGGCCGAGGCGGCGCCCAGGGAUGUGAUUCAGGCGGAGGUGACGGUCCACGCGGCCCUGGAGAAUGGCAGCACCUUGGCAACCACAGCCGGCCCCGCGCCCGAGGAGCAAAAGGCCCAGGCGGCCCCGGAGGAGGCCCCAGCGACCGUAGCGGCGCCCGAGAGGGGGGUGGGCAACGGCCGGGCCCCGGACGUGGCCCCCGAAGAGGCGGAUGAGUCCAAGAAGGAGGACUUCUCGGAGGCAGACUUGGUGGACGUGAGCGCCUACAGUGGGCUGGGGGAGGACUCUGGGGGCAGUGCCCUGGAGGAGGACGACGAAGACGACGAGGAGGAUGGGGAGCCUCCUUACGAGCCCGAGUCGGGGUGCGUGGAGAUCCCGGGGCUAUCGGAAGAAGAGGACCCGGCCCCUAGCCGGAAGAUCCAUUUCAGCACGGCGCCCAUCCAAGUGUUCAGUACCUACUCCAACGAGGACUACGACCGACGGAACGAGGACGUGGACCCCAUGGCUGCCUCUGCUGAGUAUGAGCUAGAGAAGCGGGUGGAGAGGCUGGAGCUGUUCCCCGUGGAACUGGAGAAGGACUCCGAGGGCCUGGGCAUCAGCAUCAUCGGUAUGGGGGCCGGGGCGGACAUGGGCCUGGAGAAGCUGGGCAUCUUCGUGAAGACCGUCACCGAGGGUGGCGCAGCCCAUCGGGACGGCAGGAUCCAAGUGAAUGAUCUCCUCGUGGAGGUGGACGGCACAAGUCUGGUGGGAGUGACCCAGAGCUUUGCAGCCUCCGUGCUCCGGAACACCAAGGGUCGUGUGCGAUUUAUGAUCGGCCGGGAGCGGCCCGGCGAGCAGAGUGAGGUGGCCCAGCUGAUUCAGCAGACCCUGGAACAGGAGCGAUGGCAACGGGAGAUGAUGGAGCAGAGAUACGCCCAGUACGGGGAGGAUGACGAGGAGACGGGAGAAUACGCCACUGACGAGGACGAGGAGCUGAGCCCCACAUUCCCAGGUGGCGAGAUGGCCAUCGAGGUGUUCGAGCUAGCGGAGAAUGAGGACGCCUUGUCCCCCGUGGACAUGGAACCCGAGAAGCUGGUGCACAAGUUCAAGGAGCUCCAGAUCAAGCAUGCUGUGACCGAGGCAGAGAUCCAGCAGCUAAAAAGGAAGCUGCAGAGCCUGGAGCAGGAGAAGGGGCGGUGGCGGGUGGAGAAGGCCCAGCUGGAGCAGAGCGUGGAGGAGAACAAGGAGCGCAUGGAGAAGCUGGAGGGCUACUGGGGCGAGGCCCAGAGCCUGUGCCAGGCUGUGGAUGAGCACCUGCGGGAGACCCAGGCCCAGUACCAGGCCCUGGAGCGCAAGUACAGCAAGGCCAAACGCCUCAUCAAAGACUACCAGCAGAAGGAGAUCGAGUUCCUGAAGAAGGAGACCGCACAGCGCCGGGUUCUGGAAGAGUCAGAGUUGGCUAGGAAGGAGGAGAUGGACAAGCUCCUGGACAAGAUCUCAGAACUGGAAGGGAACCUGCAAACACUGAGGAAUUCCAAUUCUACUUAACAGGAAUCAUUCCUUGACCGGACAAUAAUGAAUCCCCUCCCAUUGUCCUCCCUCCCCUGUCCUCAAUACUUCAUCCCGCCCCCUUCCAGCCUGGGGACAGGUGCCCCGACUCCCCACCCUCCACCCCACCUCCCCCAGCUUCAGGGACCAGAGGGCCUGGGCAGACAGAGGUGGCUGGAAGAAUGGCCUCCUGCUUGCCCUUUGGGGCUGAGGCACAGAGGUCGAGGGAUGCCGAGGGUUGGCCUGGGGGGUGGAUGGACACGAGGACCUGCAGACCAUACUGCCAGACUUUACAACCUCCAGCCUUUGUCUCUGGACUGGACUGGGGCUGGGGGCUCUCCCAGCAUCUCACCACCUGGAGGCUGCUCCCUGCCCACGGGCCUCUUGACUUGAGAUUCUACCUUCUUGGCCCUUUCCCCAUCCCCCAUCAUUGUGCUGUCUCUGUCAAAUUCUGACCCUCCUGCUGGGAGGGGUUGCCUCCACACCUCCUCUCAUCCAUCCCAGUCCCUCCUCCGAGGAGAGACAGAGUCCACCACCCCUGAGCCUGGAGGCUGGGACCGGCCCUGCACUGACUUCUCAUACAUCCUUCGGGGAAAAGGGGAGAGAGUCCAGGACACCUGGUCUCCAGCUCCCCCUUUCCUGGAGCAGCAGCCCUCAAGUUUUCCUUGUGCCUCCCUACUCCCAGGUGCCAAAUAGCCAUAGCCUCCUCCUGGAACUGUUGGGUGGCCUCUGUGGGCUCCAAGUUGCCUGGCCAGGCCUGGGAAUAACUGGGGAGGAGAGGUCGGCUUAGGGGGCAGGACUGCAGAGCUUCUGGUCUUGGGCAAGGGGAGCAUUUCCCACUGGAGAGCACGGCCCUGCCCAGGGCCACACUUGGAAGAGUUAUACUGACAUCGAAAACUCCGCCUCGCUCCACCCACACCCACAGUUUUUCAAUGUCUUGACUGGAGGGCAAAAUUUUACUACUCAUAUUUUUUGGAGACCAUGGCUGCCCUGCUGGCAGCCUGCUUUCUAAGUGAGAUCCACUCUAAGUUUGCCCACUCGAAACCCAAAUCGGGGACUGAACCAAGGGAGAUCUCCCAGGUCCCCUCCCCUUUCAGGAUCCAUCUCUGUUUUGCCUCUUCCUUAUGACCCCAGCCCCAGACUGGAUUUUUGUUCAUUUUUUAAAAAACAGACAACCCCCAUCGCAUCCGUUUGGCCUCCUCGACCCCUGUAAAUAGACCACGCCAUCGAUCAGUAUUUCUCGCCCCCUUGCCCCCCACCUCUUGCCCCCAGACGUGCCCCUACCCCCUGAAAGAGCUGGCUGUCUUCAGUGCCCAGACCUACGCUCUUCUCCUUCGCCCCAGCAGACGGAGGGGGCGGGGCCGGGGGGGCGGGGCCGUGGGGCGCUUCCGGUUUCUCGAGCCGGCACCGCCCCCGCCCCGCCUCCCCACAGGACUGCGUGUCUGUAUAUAAUAUAUAUAUGUAUGUAUUGUUCCCGGUUUUGUACGGACCAUGCCCUCUGUCAAGUCGCCCUCAUAAAAGCAGCCCCCAGAGCGUC